AUGCCCUCAAUUAUUGGUGAAACUCAUACAGCAUUCAUAGGAGGAAAGAAUAUCCUAGAUGGGGUAUUUAUUGCUAAUGAAGUAGUUGAUGGAUGGAAAAAGGCCAAGCUGCAAGGGUUGACUAUCAAGUUGAACUUUGAGAAAGCCUUUGAUUCAGUAAAUUGGGAAUUCAUGUUCUCUAUGAUGUCUAGCUUUGUGGCUGAAGGGCUCAAUAUACUCCUUACUAGAGCACUUAAUCUUGGCAUUCUCAAAGGAGUUUUGGUUAGGGCUAAUGAGGUACUUAUAUCUCAUCUUCAAUUUGCUGACGACACUAUUCUCUUAUGUGAAUCAGAUAUGGCUCAGGUGGUAAUUAUCAAAAGGAUUCUUAGAUGCCUUGAAGUUUUAUCCGAGCUCAGAAUCAAUUACCACAAAAGUGUUGUAUGCAGCGUUGGUGUGGAUGAUGAGUCACUGCAUACUUUUGCAAACCUCUUGACUUGCAAGAUCAAGAUUAUUAGGUGGAUGGGGAAAAUGUUGUCCUUAGCAGGAAGAUUAACUUUGAUCAAGUCUGUCCUAUCAAGUCUACCUGUGUACUAUCUUUCUCUCUUUAAGAUGCCUGAAGGUGUGGCUCGUGAAUUUAAGAAAAUUAAGGCUGCUUUCUUGUGGAAUGGUAAUGACCUAAAAAGAAAAGUUCAUUUGGUGAAAUGGUUAGAGGUAACAAAGAGUGUUGGCCAAGGGGGUCUAGGCAUUAGGAGGAUUAGGGAUGUUAAUGCAUGCUUGCUUCUCAAAUGGUGGUGA